CUCCCGCCCCGGCGCCAUUCCUUCUCCCUGGACCCCACGAAGCUUUCAGAAGCCGUCGGUCCACCGCCCCCCUUCCACCCAAACCGCACUUGAUUAGAAAUUUAAAGUCGGCUCUCCUGAGGAAGCUGCAGGCGGGAGCCCCAAGCAUCGGGUGUGAAGAGAAAAAAUGACAUUCCAGUGGGUGGCGGUUGCAACCUUUCUUUACGCUGAAAUAGGACUCAUUUUAAUCUUCUGUCUACCUUUUAUUCCUCCUCAGAGAUGGCAGAAGAUUUUUUCAUUUAACGUGUGGGGUAAAAUUGCAACUUUCUGGAACAAGGCUUUCCUUACUAUUAUAGUCCUGUUAAUUGUUCUCUUUCUAGAUGCUGUGAGAGAAGUAAGGAAAUACUCCUCUACUCCUGCCAUUGAAAGGAGCUCAACCAACAGACCUAGUGCCUAUGAACAUACACAGAUGAAACUUUUUAGGUCUCAAAGAAAUCUUUACAUUUCCGGAUUUUCGUUAUUUUUUUGGUUAGUAUUGAGACGUCUGGUUACCCUUAUUACUCAGCUGGCAAAAGAAUUGUCAAACAAAGGAGUACUUAAAACUCAAGCAGAAAAUACUAACGAGGCUGCCAGAAAAUUCAUGGCAGAGAAUGAAAAACUAAAACGGCUCUUGAAAAGCUAUGGCAAGGAAGAGGAACACAUUUUGGAAGCAGAAAAUAAAAAACUAGUAGAAGAACAGGAAAAACUGAAAACUGAAUUAAAAAAGACUUCAGAUGCCCUUUCUAAGGCACAAAAUGACGUGAUGACAUUGAAGAUGCAAUCAGAGAGACUUUCGAAAGAAUACGACCAACUCCUGAAAGAACACUCAAAACUUCAGGGAUCCUGAAGUUGCUGACUUUACCAUGGCAUGAAGAGAAUUACUCCAUGGCAUCCUUCAAGAUUCACCAUGGAAAGUGAAGAAACACUUUAGAAACCUCUCGCCUAGAAAUGGAACUUUUUUCCUCCCAUUUGUGAGGUCAGGGUAUGCUCAACAAGGAUGAGGAUCCACACCAAUGGGCUUUGCCAGGGUGUCAGAAACGUUUAGGUCCCUGAGUGGAGAAAGGAGAAGCAAGAAUAUUUCUUGAAUUUCUUAUGGCCAUUGCUGAAUGUCCUCAUUGUGGUAACAGCUAAUGAUUCUCUUAAUCCCUGAAGAAUGUAUGGGACAGUGAGAUUAGAUUCCCUCAACUCAUUUCCUUUCCCCCUAAAAAAGCCACCUUCAGAUUGGAGCUUAUGCGUUCUUGACAAAGGAUGUAAAAAGCUUUGAUGAGUAAUUCCUUCCCAAGAAAGCAGUUGUUAUACCUGUUUCUUUGAAAAAUGCCCCCAUCUCAGAUAUGCCAAGUGCCAUGCUGAGAGUUGGUCCUGUUCACUAGCGCAUUUAGACCUUGAUCUAAUUUCUGCUUGUAUCCAGGUUUUUGAAAGAUUUAAUGGAUGACAUUUACUGAAGGUGUGCUCUGGACCAAACACUUAGCUAAUGGCUUCAUAUAUGUUACGGUGUUUAUUCUCCAUUACAACCCAAUAAAUUAAAAUAUGUUAAUACCCUAUUUUGUAGAUGAGGAAAAUGAGACCCAGAGAUGUUAUAUAAUGUACCCAAAGUUCAGUAACUAGAAAGUGAUAUCGUUCAAAGUUGGAUUCGAAGUCAGGAAAUCUUUCUCCAGAACCUCCAUCAUUGACCACUGUGCUCUUUGGCCUGUAGUAGUCAUUGGACUAUGUGUUCUUGGAUCCAUUCUCUUGCCACUCUACUUGACUCUAUCUCAGGGAGCUACAUUUCCCAGGCUUCCUUGCUGUCUGGCUUCAGCCAGUGGGAGGCAGUAGUAGAAGACUGAAGGCAGGAGGCGGGGGAAAGCCAGGGGUUUCUCUCAUUCUCUCUGCUUUAGGUGGUAUCUGCCAGUAGCAGCCUCAUCUCUUUCUAUUGUCCCAGUUCCCACUGGGUAGCUUCCACCUGGUGGCCCUGGCUCCUAGGAUCCAUAACACUAUCUCCUCUUGUGUCCAAGGAGUGGCA